AUGGAAGAAUUUGAUUGUGACAUUGCACAUAUUCUUGAGAAUAGAGAUUUUAAUGUGUUCGGAAAACUUUCAUCACUUUGUUCUAACUUUCGUAAAAAAAUUGCCGCCAAAGUUGAAAAUGCAAUUGAAUAUGAAAUUCAGUGUAUGCAGAAGAGAACACAGAGUGCCAAUAAAAUAUCAGAAUUACAGCAGGAGGUUGAAAAUUUAAAGUCUGAAAUAGAUGCAACAAAGUUACAGCAGAAGAUUGUAGAUAAAAAAAUUAUUAAUGCGGUCAAGCAACAGGAAAAAUUAAAGGAAGAAGUUCACGAUGCAGAAUUAAAAAGAGACAGCUUGACUUUAGAAAUGGUUGAUUUGCAGCAAGAAUCAGAAAAAAGGAAGGAACAUAAGAUAUUAACUUGGAAUGCUAUUAAACGUGUCUGUCAGAUUUAUAAGCAAUAUUUGGACUUUCAUAUACGUUUAAUCAAUAAUAAAGAACAUGAACAAAUAAAAAUUUCCCUUUUUAUAAAGGAUACUGCUACAAGAGAUAAAUAUUUUGUGGUUUUAGUUCAUUCUAAUAACCAGUGGAAAGUGGAAGAAAUACAACCCAUGCUUAAAGCAGAACAUUUGAGUAACUUCAAAGGGAUCGUUGACUUUUCUAAAGAAUCAGAAAUUUCAAAUAUAAAUGCAUUUCUAUGUAAGCUUAGACAUGUUUUUCUUAAAUAUUAUUUAAAUACAGAAUAA